AAUAAAAAGCAAAUAAUUAAUAAAAAGGUGGUGGAUCGCUCUCCUUGCCACAAUAUCAACAAGGCAAAAUGUGUGACAUACCAGAGAAAUUUACCGAUACUGAUUAUGAGAACACAUUCGACGAUGAUAUAAAACCGAAGCAAACGGAAAAUCGAAAGAUCUCCUAAAAAUGCAAAAUCUUUCGCAAUCAUCCAGCGAUUCUGGUAUAUCGGUUCAAGCAGCUGGACGACCAAGUGUUGCAUUUCUCGAUGAUCAUACUGAUGAAGGUGAAGCUAUAAGUGUUGCAAUGAGGGAAGGCGAGUUUAAAAAAACUGCCAGAAGGAAGAGUCAGUGGGGACAGUACUUACUAAAUGUUGACAUGAAACGAGUAAUGUCUUCUGGAACUUUUAAACUGACUUUGCUGCAGCUCGCCCGAGAUGGGGAAUCCGACACUUUGGAAUUUCUACUGAAUACACUUGGUAGAAGUCAGUGCAGUCGUAUGCUCAAUUCUACAACGGAUGAAGAAGGAGUGACGGCAUUGCAUUUGGCGGCCAAAAACAACCAUUAUGACGUAUGCAAGAAACUGAUAUCAUCUGGCGCAAAUGUCAAUAUCAGAGCGGGAGAAAGCAGAGCGACACCUCUUCAUUAUGCCGCCAGAAUUCGACCAAAAAAGCGUCUCCUUCCAUCCAUCGACGAAGAAGUUGCUGGAACGCAAAUUUAUGCCACAAUACCACGACAGAUGUCGUUUGACAGGGAAACGAGCGUUAUUAUGUUGCUACACUCUAGUGGUGCAAAUAUAAAUGAUGUUGACAUUGAAGGUCAAACGCCGCUCCAUAGCGCUACAAUCAAAGGAAAUUUACCCUGUGUACAGCAAUUACUGGAAUGUCAGGGCGUUGACGUGGAGACCAAAGACGGACAAGGAAUGACGGCAUUACACAUGGCUGCAACUCAUGGAUAUGUCGACAUCGUAAAAGCUUUGCUAGGAAAGGGGGCGAACUUGCACAGUACCGACAAUGAUUUGAUGUCGCCUCUGCACUUUGCAAGUGCUGAUGGAAAUGUAGAAUCGGUCAGGGUCAUUUUGAAUAAAGCAAGAGAAAGUAAUCCGAGACAAAUCAAGGAUAUGGUUUAUCGUGUGGAUGCGGGACGGAAUACCGCACUUCAUAUUGCCGUUGGGAAAGGUCACCUACAGGUUGUAAUGGAAUUGCUUGGAUUACUUGCAUCGCCCGAAGACAGAAAGAAAAUGGUUUCACUGACACGAUCUCAUGGCGAUACACCACUGCAUAUUGCGUCUGCACAAGGGCACUUUGAAAUUUGUGAGAGAUUGGUCGAGUGUGGAGCAGAUGUAGAUUCUCGGAAUGAUAGUUUGGCAACUCCGUUGUUACUAGCUGCCCAUCAUAAUAAUUACGAAAUUGCGGACUUUCUUACGAGCAGGGGAUCCGACCUCGAGACACGAGACAAAGACAAUCUAACACCGUUACUGUUGGCUUGCAAGCAAGGACAUUUGGAAACUUUGUCUUGGUUGAUUGAACAUGGAGCAGACUGCACUGCGACAGACAAACACGAUAAAACUUGUCUUAUGUUGGCUGUCGAAGACCAACGUACGGCGGCAGUGCACGAACUUUUAAAAUAUGACAGCAUUCUGCGACUCAUGGACGAAACAGACAAGAAUUCGAAUGGAGUUCUUCAUAUUGCUGCGAGAAAAGGAUACCUCCCCAUAAUAAAGGUCCUUCUUGACCAUGGUGCUCGGAUUGAUUCUAAAAAUGAGGACGAAGCAACUGCUUUGCAUAUUUCUGCCCAAUUCGGACAACAUAUUACAUUGAGGGAACUUCUUGAUCACGACAAAAACACGAUUAAUGCCGUUGACGAAAAUGCUAACACUGCAUUGCAUUUGUCUGCAAUCGAAGGUCAUACAAAAUGCGUCCAAACUUUAAUCGAACAUGGCGUGAACGUUGCUCUCCGCAAUCAACGCCAGAUGACUCCGCUUGACUGCGCAAGUAGCAAAGGAUGGGAAUCUACAGUUCUUGCACUUCUGCAAGCUCAAUCAGCCGUGAACCCAAUAAAGGGGUCAAGAACAACGCCGUUACAUGAAGCAUGUUUUCACGGUCAUGUUCAAGUUGUCAAGGUAUUACUUGAUUGGAGGGCAGAUGUCGGAGCAAAGAUUGCAGAUGGUAGAAAUCCUCUAGAUUGCGCUAUUGAUCAAGAUCAAGAUGAUUGUGUCCAAGCUAUCCUUGAACAUACAAGUUGGAGACAAGCAAUGCGCAACAGCUAUGUCGAUCCGAUCACGGGGCACAUCGUGACACCCGCACGCAAGCUGAUAGUAAAAAUGCCAGAGAUGGCCCAGUUUGCCUUUACUCAAUGCAUUUCUGAUAACAGGAAGAAAUGGGACAGUCAUGAUCUUGAGGUCACCUUGGACUUCGAAUUUCUUGAUGAUAUGUACACAGUAACAGAAUGGCUUCACAGAGGACGAGAUGUAACGACAGAUAAUACCAGUAGUGGUGACAGAGAAAAGCAGAUUCUAGCGAAUGGAGACAUUCCUCCAGUGGAAUACAAGGGGAAACAUAAAUCAAAGGAAGCCCGUUUUAAUGCAAAGCACUCACACUUGGCUAUUCCAGAGGAUCCAAACAACUACGAGGCUUUCAAUGACCAAGGGAAAUUAAACGGAAAUGCAAUGACAUACACAGAAGACGCGAAUAUCCUCAGACACAACCAUCCUCUCAUGAUUAUGGUAUCUACAAAACGAGAAGGUCUUCUUCAGCAUCCCGUUGUAACAGCACUUCUGCAAUACAAAUGGAACAAAUAUGGCGGAUUUGUUUACUAUUCUUCUCUGAUAUUCCUCAUGGUAUUUGUUGUUCUACUAAAUUGCUACAUGCUUCUUAUUCCACCACCAUAUACAGUUGACUUCCUCAAAUCUCUUGCAAACCGAAGAUUUUUCUUAGAAUUUGAAUCGGAACAUCUUACGAACUACACUGAUCCCGAUACGUGUUACAGCCAACUGGAUAGUGGUACAACAUACAGAGGAUUUGUGAACAUGAGUCGGUCAAACAAAUCAUGCAUUCCGUGGUCAACAACUAGUACGGACAAAAAUCUUUAUCCAAAUUCGGGUUUGAUAGAAAAUUAUUGUAGGAAUCCAGGAUCGUUGCUGGAAUCCCCUUGGUGCUUUACAGAAUAUGACGACGAACACCCUGAAGAUACAGUACGGGAGGAAUGUGACAUCGAACUGUGCACAAUUUAUAUAGACAACGACGAUCUACCAAAAGGAACAACAUGCCAUUUCCCUUUUAUUCUCGGUGGUGCUGAACAAUACAAAUGUAUUAAUCAUGCGGAUGGUUCAUGGUGUAGUGCGACUGCAAAUUAUGAUGAAGACGGAAAAUGGGGAUUCUGCACUGAAGUGGAUCCAUACUGUGUAAUUCCAUCUGAGUUGAAAAAACCAUGUGGAGAUCCGACUACAAAUCAAUUGAAUUGUGAGGCUCGAGGUUGUUGCUAUAAAAUCUACGAUAAAGGUCUACUGACAGAAUACAGCGAAUGUUUCCAAAAGUUCGACAAAUGUAGCGAUUGGAGUUCUUAUUGUCCUUCUGACGCUAACGUCGUAGGCUGCGAAGUAGACUGGAUGAUGGCAACAUGUCCAUUGACAUGUGGGAUUUGCAACGUCUCAGAAAAGGUUGAAGAUUCCAGUCAGAAAAAAUUUCUUUAUUUGAUGUCAACCUACCCUGAAAAUACAUAUGAACAUAACUGGAGAGAAGGUUGUUAUUACUGCCUGGAAGGUGCUGAAAAGAAAUGGGGAACGGAUUGUCGUCAUAAGGGUGCUUGGGAAGAUCCCGUCAAGAUUGUUCUAAUGAUUUUUUGUGUCUUCAAUCUACUUAGACUGAUUCUCCAAAUAUGGAACUAUAAACUUGAAGCAUUCAGACCAAUUUUCUUUCUUGAACUUCUUUUAUAUAUUCUCUGUUUGGUUCUUGUAAUUGACUUCAGUGGAUUUGACUUGGAAUAUACUCGUCAAAUGAAUACAGAAAAAGAAAUAUAUGAUGAACUUGUCAAUAAAUUUCAAAAAGAGACUGGAUUGAGAAAAAACUGGCAAUGGCAAUGUGGAGUAAUGGCUUUGUUUUUAUCGUGGAUGAAUUUGCUUCUUUAUAUUCAAAAGAUUCCCUAUCUUGGCAUCUACGUUGUUAUGUUUAACGACAUAUUCAAAACAUUCACCAAGUUUUUCAUCGUUUUCCUGCUCUUCAUUUUCUCAUUCGCAUUCACAUUUCAUGCUUUGCUACAAAACGAGAUCGAAUUCCAGUUUCCAUUUCAAUCUAUCCUGAAAGCCACAGUGAUGAUGGUCGGUGAAUUAGAUUUUACUGGAAUAUUUUUGGGUGGUUCAGAAGAUUAUGAGGAGAAAGUCAAUUAUCUGAUUUUGACGUACAUUCUGUUUUCAAUCUUCAUUGUUGUAAUGAUGAUCAUCAUUAUGAAUUUAUUGGUCGGUUUGGCAGUCGGAGAUAUCAUGGAAGUAAAAGAACAUGCGACAUUGGAAAGACUUAAAAUGCAAGUUGAAUUAGCGCUUGAAGUAGAAUUUGCAGUGCCUGAUAUUAUCAGAAAACGAUUCGUUAGAAAAUCGGCCAACAUCAAACCGAAUCGUUACCGUGCAAGCAACGCUUUGACCAGAGCUAUUUUCCAGGAUAAAAAUCUAUCAACAAAAAAUUUGGCAAAUGUUAUGAUGACAGGAAAGUCGGAAAAUGAAGAAAUGCAAGAAUCCAUGCAACAGUUGAUUUCCCUUGUUAGAGAUUUGAAGGUGAAAACGACCGAUCACGAUGCAAUACUGAAAGAUUUAUUGGCUGAAACAAAAGAAAUGAAGAGUACAGUGGAUGAAAAUGUUGACGUUCAGCAACAGAAAAUGAUGUUGGAUGAUGAAGCUAAGAUUGCAACACCAUCACUUUCAAGGAAAAAGAGUUCUAGUUCCUUGGAUUCCGUCAAGCUUCCUGUAUCAAUUCCAGCGUUCAUGAGGUCUUCAAGCUUCAGGAGAGAUAAUCGUUCAUCAGGUCGUAGGUUGAGAUCUUCUUUAAAACAACCGAGCUUCCGAUCGAAUGUUUCGAUCAACAAAAGGCAAAACAAGAGUGAAUCACAAGAGGCUGAGCCGCUCAUUCGUUCAUUAUCGCCGCAGUAUGACGAAAUGGACGACGAUUCACAUAGAAACCUUCUCAGAAAUGAUACGGUUGACGAACCAACGUACAACCAUCCAGAGUCUCCCGUCCCUCCGGCCAUCACUCUAACGGAGUUCUAUGAUAACCAGGAAUUUGAUGCGUAAUUCACGAAGAGAAUCCAGCAUGAUAUAUUUCGUGUAAAAAUUAAGUCCGGAAUCGAAACCAUACGAGAACGGAAGACGUAUCUGUACAAUCCCAACAAAAAUAUGUUUCGUCUUGGUACUGUACAGUUACAACACAAUAAGUACCAUUGCGCGUUUCCCCUUUCAAAAUUUUGCUGUCUGCUUCCAGAUGAGUCAAAAAGAACCAAGCCUCAUACACCUAGAUAUACAAGCACUUCUUUAUCUGUCGCCAACAACGCAAGGAUGUAACUGUAGUUUGUGUAACACUUCUUCAUCUGCGUGUAUAUAUUACCGGUACCUUAUCUUUGUAGCUAUUAUCACACCAGUACUUAAGGUAUGACAAGAACUUUGUAAUUGAUUAGAAUGACGAACAUUACUUUUAAACUUUUUUUGCAAGGAUAGAAUUGUAGUGAUAUUGAGGGUAUCUCUAAUACAUCGAACAUAAAGUAAUUGGGCGAAGUUGUGUUCCAUUUCAUUUUUUAUUAGUCAAUCUCACAAAGAUCCUCACACUUUCUCAUCACGCUUUUCACGAAAAAAAACUUGAAACCACGGACAUUAUUUUAACGCAGCAGCACGUGAUCUUUACAAGCAUUUGCGCUUGCAAAUAUUCAAAUGAUUUGACGAAUUCAACGUGAUAAACAUUUUCACCGUUUUUUUAGCAUUGUCCAAACACCAUUAAUUGAUAAUUUUAUGAAUUCAAUAUAGUAUAUAACUAUAUAUUGAUAACGUACCAAUUGAUAUGAACUCUUAUCGUAUUUCCUGUCAAUAAGACGAGGCCAAUUUUUAACACUGAAAAUGUUUUCCUCACAUUACCGCCCAAUAAGUCGUGGCAAAAUUGUGUUACCCCAUUUCUGUGUUUGUCAGUUAAGCACCAAUGCGAUUGUUAUUUUUAUCGAGUUUAUUUUACUAUUUUGUCAUCAGUCUGUUAGAAACAGAGAUUUAUUUCGGUUGAAUCAUACAGCCAUGAAAUUAACUAUUCUACCCAACAAAGCCAUGAUUUAGGGCUACAAAUUCAACAGCAAUCAUUAAUGAAUCACUUAAUGAACUGGAGCGUUGCAAUAACCUGUAAAUAUGUAGUGGUGCAUAUGGCACUGUACUUCAUAGGUUAACUGAUGCGUUCUGUCGGAAAUUUUCGGCCUAUAUUGCAAGAUUCUCU